AUGUUAACUGAUGGUUGUAGAAAUCAAACAGAUAUUAAUGAUCAAAUUGCUAACAUUUUCAACAUUGUAUGGAAGAAAAACGGAUUGACAGUAAAUGUUUUUAUAUUGUCGGAAUGCAAUCACGAGCUCACAAUAGCCACAGCCAAGCCAUUCUCUGCUGAAAAUAUUUGUCGCUCGGUAGAAAAAAAUGGGCUCAGAUUUAUACCAGCAGAAUCAGAUGAAGAAAAGCACUUGAACUUCGUUCGUUACAAUCCUGAGAGCUUUAAUGGUUGUAAUAUAGUUGCAGGAACCAAACCAAAUCCUCCAUACAUUGUUGGAAAUCUCAUUGGUGAUGAAAACGCCAUUCAGUAUGAAUAUUUUGGUGGUAAUGAAUUAGAAUUCAUGCGUUUACUCUCAAAAAAACUAAAUUUUACGUUGAGUUUUAAAAAUCCUAUCAGUACUGAAUCAGCUGCUUGGUAUGAAAGGCUACCAAACGGAACAAUAAUAGGAUUUUUACGUGACGUAAUGGAAUAUAGACUUGACAUUAUUUUUGGUGGGUUGAUGCCCUACUAUGCAACUUAUUAUCACUUUCAAUUUUCUUUAAGUCACACUUUUAAUUCACUCAAUUGGUACGUCACAGAUCCAAACAAUAUUCCCCAGUGGAAAAUUAUUUUUGAAGUUUUUCCCGUUGAAAUUUGGAUUUUGAUUGCUUUUGUUUUCUUGUUUGUCUGCUUGUUGUAUUGGAUCAUGGAACGUUUCAGUUCCAUUGGAACUAACCUUUUUUUAAAUUUUGACUUUAACAAAACACCUUUUGCUAACCUUUUUAGUGUCGGAUUGGGGCUGUCUUCCACUCUAAAUCCAAAAAGAGGUUAUUUAAGGUUGCUCUUUGUAUUCUGGGCAGUGUACUGCCUACAUUGGAACAUGGCUUAUACAUCAGUAUUAUUUGCUCUUAUGACCAAUCCUCCACUCGAAAAAGAAAUUGCAAAUAUUCAAGAUCUUUAUGAGUCAGGUUUUAAAACAAGUAUCGAUAAAAUAUAUACUUGUAUUUUUUUGACCGCUUUGAGAUUGAUAAAACUACAAGAGCGGUUUUGGAUAACAAUUUUGUGUGUCCUAGUAUGGUUACCUGCCUUGAACAGUUCGUCAGACACAGAAAUUUUAGUGUAAUGGAAAAUAAAGUAGCUGUUGAAAAUGUUUUGAAUAUGAAACGAU